AUGUACAGGAAACUAAAGCCUUUCCUCUCUCUCCCAGCAGGCAGCUCCCUGAAGCACUCUACAACCCUCACCAACAGGCAGCGGGGGAACGAAGUGUCAGCCCUGCCAGCUACCCUAGACUCCCUGUCUAUCCACCAGCUUGCAGCUCAGGGGGAGUUGAGCCAGCUUAAGGAGCAUCUGAAGAAAGGUGACAACCUCAUCAACAAGCCAGAUGAACGUGGCUUCACCCCCCUCAUCUGGGCCUCUGCAUUUGGAGAGAUCGAGACUGUCCGCUUCCUGCUUGAGUGGGGGGCUGACCCCCACAUCCUGGCCAAGGAGCGGGAGAGUGCCCUGUCAUUGGCCAGCACUGGUGGCUACACGGACAUCGUGGGGCUGCUGCUAGAGCGUGACGUGGACAUCAAUAUCUAUGACUGGAAUGGAGGGACCCCACUGCUGUAUGCUGUACGUGGGAACCAUGUGAAGUGCGUUGAGGCUUUGCUGGCCCGAGGCGCUGACCUUACCACUGAAGCUGACUCAGGCUACACCCCGAUGGACCUUGCUGUGGCCUUGGGAUACCGGAAAGUCCAACAGGUGAUUGAGAAUCACAUCCUCAAACUUUUCCAGAACAACCUGGUACCUGCCAACUCUGAGUGAAGGCCACCUGCUGAGGACUCAGACACUCAGGGAACAAAACAGUUAACUCAGAGCUGGGGGAACCCAGAACUGGCUUCCAAGGCAGCUCCGGGACAGGUGGUGUGAGGGGACCCUUCCCAAGAGGAAGCAAUAAACCUGUGCAGAACUUGAA